GGUAAACAGAACUGCCUGUCCCAGUCCGUCACACUCUGCACCCUGGGCAGGGAGGCUCUUGGGCUGAGCCCCAGUGAAAUGGAUCUGUGCGGGCAGCACCCUGGGUGGGACACUGGGGCUCCCAGGAAGAUGGAUUGGUCACAUGGGCAGCGCUUUCAGCAGGAAGAAUGGCAAGUUCCUUUGCCCAGGAUCUGCUUGUAACAGGUGCAGCCCAGUAGGUUCCUGGGUAAGGGAUACAGUGCCCACUCGAGCAAGUGCCCGUCCUGCCCACUGGCACUGCCACCACUGCACCGAGCAAGCUCCCGUCCUGCCCACUGGCACUGCCACCACUGCACCGAGCAAGCUCCCGUCCUGCCCACUGGCACUGCCACCACUGCACCGAGCAGGCUCCCGUCCUGCCCACUGGCACUGCCACCACUGCACCGAGCAGGCUCCCGUCCUGCCCACUGGCACUGCCACCACUGCACCGAGCAAGCUCCCGUCCUGCCCACUGGCACUGCCACCACUGCACUGAGCAAGCUCCCGUCCUGCCCACUGGCACUGCCACCACUGCACCGAGCAGGCUCCCGUCCUGCCCACUGGCACUGCCACCACUGCACCGAGCAAGCUCCCAUCCUGCCCACUGGCACUGCCACCACUGCACCGAGCAAGCUCCCGUCCUGCCCACUGGCACUGCCACCACUGCACCGAGCAAGCUCCCAUCCUGCCCACUGGCACUGCCACCACUGCUCCGAGCAAGCUCCCGUCCUGCCCACUGGCACUGCCACCACUGCACCGAGCAAGCGCCCAUCCUGCCCACUGCCACCACUGCGCAGAGCAAGCUCCUGUCCUGCCCACUGGCACUGCCACCACUGCACCAAGCAAGCUCUCGUCCUGCCCACUGGCACUGCCACCACUGCACCGAGCAUCGUAUCGAUACCCAAGGCUUUCUAUUCCCAAGGAGGGAAACUGAGCAACUUCUGUCCUUCCUGGGCACCGACUCACUGGGCAAGGGCAAGAGGGUUCCCUUCGGCCAGUCCAGUCACACAGAGAAAGAAGGCUUUACAGCCCCAACAGAACUCAAGGACAAGAAGUAAAAAAAAAUUGGGGGCACCAGCACCAACACAACGGCCCCUCUACAAAGACCCCUCCACGGCCUUGUGAGGACACGGUGGAAAAGCAGAUCAAGAGUCCACAAAUAACAGCCUCUCCCAGUCCUAGUGGGGGCAGGAAGGAACAGGACACUCCAGGGAUGGAUACAAAAUGCACCGAGGGACCCGAACAGAGCAGCAGCCAAGUGGUGGAGUCAUGUGAGGGUGACAACAUCAAGCCCAGUGACAUUGACUCCCAUGCAUGUCCUACAAAUGUUCAACCACCAAAAAUGCAUCUCCCGAUUGCAAGAAUUAGCAAUGAGGAGGCCCCUGUGGAAGCCCUAACAAGCCCAGAGGGCACGGUGAGCGUGCCGCAGAGUCCAACUGUUAUAAUAGGACAAGACGUGUUUCAGAUAAUUGAUGACUGUCCCCCACCGGCUGCCCCUUUCCCUCACCACUUUGUCACUUUGCAUCCAGGAGAUGUCUCCAGCCUGUAUGAAAUGAACAUGGAAGAGACCCUUGGAGGGGGGCGCUUCGGAGAAGUCCAUCUCUGCACAGAAAAGUCCAGUGGCCUGAAGCUUGUGGUGAAAAUUCUGAGCAGCAAAGAUCGGGAGAUGGCUCUGAAUGAAAUCCAAGUGAUGAAUCAGUUGGACCACCCUUAUAUCAUCCAGAUGUUUGAUGCGGUGGAGAUGCCCAGCGAGAUCUUUCUUGUUCUGGAAUAUGUGGAAGGGGGGAUGCUCUUUGAGCGGAUCAUCGAUGAGAGUUACCAGCUGAUGGAGGUGGAUGCCAUGGUGUUUGUGCGCCAGAUCUGUGAGGGCAUCUUCUACAUGCACCAGAUGUACGUCCUACAUCUAGACCUCAAGCCCGAAAACAUUGUCUGUGUUUCUCCAACCAGUCACAUGGUGAAAAUCAUAGAUUUUGGUCUGGCACGAAGGUUUAAGCCACAGAACAAACUGAAGGUUUCCUUUGGGACAUCGGAAUUCCUUUCCCCUGAAGUCAUUAAUUUCGACUUUGUGUCUUUCCCAACCGACAUGUGGAGCGUCGGGGUCAUCACGUAUAUGAUGGUCAGUGGAUUAUCUCCAUUCCUUGGUGACAACGAGACAGAGACCCUAAAUAAUGUUCUGAGCGGUGAGACAGGAUUUGAUGAGGAGCCGUUUGAGUCGGUCUCAUAUGAAGCCAAAGAUUUUAUCUCCAACCUGCUGGUCAAGGAGAAGAAUGGGAGAAUGAGUGCAGCCCAGUGCCUCCGACACCCCUGGCUCAACAACCUGGACAAAAAGGCGAAACUCUGCCACCGUCUCCUCAAGUCACAGAUUGAACUGCGCAAGUAUAUGAUGCGGAGACGCUGGAAGAAGAAUGUCUUUGCUGUGACGGCCGCUCACCGACUCAUGAAGAUCAGCAGCUCGGGGUGUCUCACCUCCAUGGCAGAGUGACGGGCUGGGGCAACUGGGGGCAAAUGUCUCAGCUGAUUGUGCAAAGCUUUUGUCUGUUGGUAUAGGGCAUGCUGGGAGUUGUAGGCAAGUGCAUGUAUGGGGAGCUAUUUCCCUUCUGUACAGUAACUGGAUCUAAAUGCCAGGCUUGUGUGGCAGAUUUAGUUAGUGGCCAGUUGGCCGGCUGAACCGAUCCCUCUCUGUGUAGCAAUAAAGUCUCCAUGUGAUUCAA